UUAUCUAGUUCCUUCCAAACACAGCCUCGAGUAUAAGGCUGUUCAGGUGUUUGCCCUGCAAUCUUCAAUUCAUUUGGGGACAUAGGCGGGAAAGAAGACAGAAAAUCAAGCAGCGGUAGGGCGCGCUCCUCAGUGCUCCUCCUUCCUGCCGCCGAACCACCAGCCAGACUGCAGUUGGAGCCUGCAAUUUCAAGAUUAGGUCGUGUUUGCGAGGCAAUUUUGCUUGGGGAUCGAACGAGAGGUUCCCUAACAGUUAGUAAAAUGUCCAAUAGGAAAGAGACUGUUCUGGAUUUGGCAAAGUUUGUUGACAAGGGUGUUCAAGUCAAGCUUACUGGUGGAAGACAAGUAACAGGGACCCUGAAAGGAUACGAUCAGUUGUUGAACCUCGUCUUGGAUGAAGCGAUAGAGUUCCUAAGAGAUCCGGAUGAUCCUCUGAAGACUACUGAUCAAACAAGGCGUCUUGGCUUAAUUGUGUGUCGGGGGACUGCAGUAAUGCUUGUAUCGCCAACUGAUGGAACAGAUGAGAUUGCUAAUCCUUUCCUCCAGCCAGAUGGGGCCUAGUUCUCUGGGGUUCUGUUUGUAAGCUCCCCUAACCCUGUUUUACCCUCGUUAUUGGUGAGCUUAUGAGAUCCUUUGAUUUGGAAUGAAUUUUUCGCUUUCUUGCGAACUUGAAUGGCGAUCUAUAUGACAUCAAAUAGUAGUAGAUUCUGUAUUAAAUUGCACGUUUCCCUUAAAUGAUCUGUUCUGAACUAGCAAAAUGGGAGAACGUGAGAUGAAUUUUUAAUUACUUAGCACU